CCUCUCUCUAUUUCCUUCCUGUCACCUCGACGUAUCCAUCCAUCCAUCCGUCUUUCUGUCUGUCUAGAUGAGUCCCUGUGUGCUGAGCAUCACCUCCAGCUCCGACACCUUCUUGCCGUCGGCCAGCGUCAGCCGCCUGCCGUCAGACGGGGCGUAGUACUCGGGCGGCGGCUGGGACAGAAGCUCGCGGACGACCUGAACGACACGUUUGUUUACAGAGGAAGAUCUUUUGCAUGGAGGCCGAUACACACGUGUGUGUGUGUGAAGGGGGAAGGAGGGGGACGGGGGCUUCACCUGGUGGUAUGGCCAGUAGUGCAGGUUGAGUGCCUGCAGCUCGUCUCUCGCCUCACGGAUCUGCUGCUCGCUCACAUUGAGGGCGGUCGCCAGACUCACGCCGCCCAGCGUGUUGCUGCCAAUGCUGUGCAGGUUCUCGAGCAGAUGCUGUCUGAAGAUGUCGGUGUACUCGAGGGCCAUCUCCAUCACACGCUUCGAGACCGUCGAGAGUGAGAGACGAGACUGCCAUGCAGACGAUGGAACAAGACAGAAUGCGAUACAGAAUGUAAUGAUGGUCACUGUGCGUGGUAACUCACUUUCCCGGCCUCCUGUCGGCAGAGAUCAUCAACACGAGUGCGCAACAAGGGGUACUGCUCCAUGCACUGCGCGAUGUUGGCCAACCUACAAAGGACACACAAAUGGUGCUUGAUGCAUUGGCCCCUCCCUCCCUCCCCUCUCUCCCUCCCCACCCACGGACCACGCAUUGCGGCAGAUGUACUGGCUUCGGUUGUAGGUGGGCUCAGCAGUGGCUCUGCCCACAUCCGGCCGGACACCGAAGAGCUCCCAGCAGGCCUCGACCACGGCGUCCGCGGAAAGCUCGGGAGCCGACGGUCUUUGGAAGAAACAGACAUGACGGUCAACGUGUUAAUUUGUCGGCGGCCAGGCACGAAACAAGACGAUCGUCUCCAUGUACAGACGGCUGUGUAUCUGACACUUAUGUAGAAAUGUCAGAUCAUGUAUCAAUGUCCUCUGCGUGAAGAGGUAUGUGUUGCCGGCGAAGGAGAUGGGGACCGCCUUGUUCGACCAGAAAAAGAAGUUCUGCGAGCCACGGGCGAGAAUGAAAGGGUCGAACGCCACCGCGCCUGCCCUCCUGCGCGCCAGGCUGGGGUUCAUCGCCACGCUCUUGGAGACGAAGUCAUCAAUCGCUCGUGACAGCACACUGACCACACAGGCGUAUCGUGAGCGGAGUGAUUCGUCCACGGCUGGAGGGUCAUGCAUCGCGAUGCGGGCGAGUCGGAAGAAGAAGUGGACCACGCGGACGCCAUGCGGGCCCGUGAAGACCCUCGCACCCUCCACGGCAGGCGGCUUGCUGAUCGGGGCACCAGGCGGCAUGGUCACGGCCAAGCGAAUGGCCAUAAAGGACGAACGCACCAUCUCCACCUGGAAGCUCACCCUCGGGUACGGGAGGCGCGCCACCUCGCUGAUAAUCUGGGCCUCUCGGCGCCGCUGCAGCUCGUAGAACUCGUCCUCGGACAUCAUUCCGUAGGCGUACUUGACGGGGUUCGUGUUGCCGUACAGGUCGGCCAUACGCUUAGCCUCCUUGCAGACCUCCUUGUGUGCCGUACGCCAGUGGCGCGACUGACACUCGCGGGAGCAGUAGCUGAUGAGGUAGCAUCCCUUGCAGUACCCCAGCGACACGGCAAGAGGCGCCUUGCCAUACAUCGCGCAGCGCCGCUCUGUCGGGUAGGCAGCCGAGGCAUUGAGGCGCACCUUGUAGCCACGCAUCUCUGAAAGGCACAAACACGGCAGCACAACAAGCACUCAUGAAAGAUAUGUGUGUUGGUCCUCCCUGCCCUCUCUCUCAAGCUCACUUUUGUAAGUGAAAGGCAGGCGGCCGCCAUCGGCCGGCUCGCCGGUCCGCGGCGUUGCCGUCGAGCUGGCAGCCGUCGAGCCAGCCUGCUCACUCCGCUGGGCACCACUGGUGGACAUGGCAGCCGCCCCCUGGCAGAUGAGUUGUCGGGCUCAGAGAAAUGAAUGCUUGCAAGAAUUGAAUGCCUCGCAGGAGCGGCAGUUUGGCUCAUGCGCUC